UAGGUGGAUCCAGACCAAGUUAUCCUCUCUCACAGCCCCAUGAAGCUCUUCUCACAGUACCAUGAGAAGCGGAUGCUAGUGUCUGGGCAGGGACCCCUGGUGGAAAAUGCCCGAAGACUGGGCUUCCGGAAUGUGGUGACUAUGGAUGAGCUGCGGAUGGCCUUCCCUGUGCUUGACAUAGUGGAUCUGGAGCGGCGGCUGAAGACCACGCCCUUACCAAGGAAUGACUUCCCAGCCAUUGAAGGGGUGCUCCUACUUGGGGAGCCAGUUCGUUGGGAGACAAACCUGCAGCUGAUCUUGGAUGUCCUCCUCAGCAAUGGGACCCCUGGGACUGGCCUGGCGAUGGCUCCCUAUCCACACCUCCCUGUCCUGGCCAGCAACAUGGAUCUCCUUUGGAUGGCUGAAGCCAAGAUGCCCAGGUUUGGCCACGGCACCUUUCUGCUGUGCCUGGAAACCAUUUACCGGAAAGUGACGGGGAAGGAACUAAGAUACGUGGGCUUGAUGGGCAAGCCCAGCAUCCUCACCUACCAGUAUGCAGAGGACAUGAUCAGGCAGCAGGCAGAGCAGAGGGGCUGGACCACCCCCAUCCAGAAGCUCUAUGCUGUGGGUGAUAACCUCACAUCUGACGUCUAUGGUGCCAAUCUGUUCCACCAAUACCUGCAGAUGGCCAGGCACACUGGGGCCCAGAAGCUAGGACCUGAGGGCCUGUGGAAACAGCGGCCCUCCACAGUCCAGAGCUGUGUCUCCAUCCUGGUGUGCACUGGCGUGUACAGUCCCAAGGACCCAAAGCCUGCCCUGGGAGGAGAGGAGCCUCCAUUCCAUGGGCACCGGGACUUCAGCCUCAGUCCAGGGCUCAUGGAGGCAUCCCACAUUGUGAAUGACGUGAAUGAGGCUGUGCAGCUGGUUUUCCGUGAGGAGGGCUGGGCUUUGUAGUGAUGGGUGGGUGUUGGAGGUGGAGAGGGGAGGCUGGAGCUACAGGUGAAUCCUGUCAGCUGAGUCCAGCUGGUUACUGUGCUCCAAUCAGGGCCUGGCUUCCUCCCCAGUGUCUGUUCUGACCACCUGUGAUAUUACUGGUCACCUGGAAAAAGCCAAUGGCUUUUUUUCCCUGCUAGGCAGUAGCCACAGAAAUGUCCCCUGGGUGGUGUUUCACAUGGACUAUUGGGAUUUUCUGGGUGGGAUUCCUGUGUGUCUCUCCUGGCAGUCCGACCUCAGGCCUGUCCUUUUGCACUUUAUCUCUGUGCCUCAGUUGCCUUCUUAUUUUAGUAGAGACUUCUGAGAAAGGGGAGGCAGUUGAGACAAUGUGGAAAUUUCCACAGAGCCUUUGCCCUUCUUGAAGGAACCACUGUGUGUCAGCAAAGUGUGGACCUAACACUCAGAUACUACUUUUUACUAUAUUUUAGUUUAUUG